AUGCCUUCAUCCAAGGGGAAGCCUACUGAUCCCGAGCUGAGAGAAGAGCUCAAGGAGGAGAUCAAGCAAGAACCCAACAAGUCCGGCGGCGGAGAGGGACAGUGGGCGGCAUGGAAGGGGGCCAAGCUGGCGAAAGAGUACGAGAAGCAGGGCGGCGGUUACGAAAACGAGGCCGGGUCCAAGAACGAGCCGAAGAAGGGCGAGCCCCAGAAGAAGAGCGAGAGCAAGAAGAAGGCCGAGACGGAAGAAUAG